AUAUGAGUGCAGCUAAUAUCAUUCCAUGUUAAAUUAUAACCGUUUCACAUUUCUUCAUGUGCUAAAAAACUGGUUAAUUUGCCAUAAAAAGUGCCAUAAAUGCAAAACCACGAAGAAUGUAAGCAGCCUUUAUUAUGAUUGCUGUAAGGAGACAACCUUUUAGGGAUAAGAGUAACACUAAAACGAAAGCAAAUAUCAAAGUGCCAUUUGAAAAACUUGCCAUUCCUAAGAAGCAUAAAAAGGUUGAACAGAAGCAGUUACGCAAUAAAAAAGUGAAUAACUACAAGGAACUUUCAAUCCUUGAUAAUUCCGCUAGUGAACAAAGUACGAACAUCCAAACACAUAUACCGAUUUAUUUGCAAAACGCGACUCCACAGAAAAGACUAAAGAACAAAGAUCCUUUUGAGUUUGUAGAUUCAGGUCCAAAAAAACAGAAGAAAGAAGAUGGCUCAGACUCGGAUUCUACCAUAUAUGAUAGGUCAAUGCAAGAAAUACUGCGGGGCAUCAGAAAUCGUGAAAAAAAAGAAAAAAACAAAAAGCAAAGGAAGAAAGUUAAGUUGAAAACCAAACCUCCACAUUUGGAAAAUACAGAAGCAAAUCUCUCUAUACCCAUUACAAACAGGCCCCAGGCAAAUGUGCCUGCCAUUGCGUUGCCAACCUCGACCCCAGUUCCACAAUCAAAUGCGACAAGCAACAUCAAUAUUAUUUCAAUCAUUGAAAUUCCAGCACGUCACCGUACACCGUCUCCAUUGUCGAGCGUCGACGGCAAUUACUCACCCGAAUGGAACUACGAAUUAAAAGACGAAACCACUCAACCUUGGCGAGGGGACCAUUUAAAUUUAAGACGGAAUCCACACUGGUUGUUGUUGAAAGACUCGUCGUUGCCUAAUUACAAUCAAGAAAUGAUCCUCGAACCGGAACUGAUAGAAAAAUUCCCCACGCCAAAACCCAUGUCUAAGGAAAAACCCCUUGUACAAACAAAAAUCAGUAACUACGUAGAAUCAGCACCGAAAAUAAUCGAGAUAAGUAACGUCAGCUCGUUAUUCGACGAUCACUCGUUUAGCCCCCUUAAAAAUGAACCGAGCCAGAGGCUACCGUUUUCUCCGAUUACUGAUGACGUACUCAAUUCCAAGAGAAGGCUCGAGCUGGAUAGCUGUUUCGGGUUUAAUUUCGACGAGAAUGAUAAGGAAAAUAUGUCACCGGUCAGACGAAGUUCGCGUAAACUGCCGAUGAGGGUGUCUCCUCGUGAAGUGAAAAAAGUACGUAAAGAAAUAGUGGAGCAGUUAAUCCCGGACGUUAGCAAGGAUGUCACCAACGUAUCGAUUCCCGCUGAAAAUAAUGAGAGCGUGCAUUUGUUUGAAGAUUUAAAAGAUGAAACGCCUGUACAAAAGACAUAUGCAGCUAAAAGACGUAAAAAACGUAUUGUCUCUAUUACUGAAGAUGAAGAUAAACCUAAGAAGAAGCGGAAAGAUCUGAAAACACAAGCUGAGGAAGAAGAAUUUAAUAAAUGGGCCGCAAACUUUAAUGCCAUGUGCGAUGAAGUGGAACAGCAUUCACUUGAAAUUACCUGAUGAAACUUUGACCUCAAAAAUUGAUCUGUUUGCAUUGUAGAUAUUUUUAUUUUAGAUAUUUAUUUAUUUACUAUUUUGUAAUGCAUGGAUCUGUACAGCUAAUUUUAGUAUGUAGAACUUGUGUGGUGUACAAUUAAGUAUUGGCCAUAAUUAACAUGUGAUAAUUUUUCAAUCAGGAUGUAAUUGCCAUAUUUAAUUUAUACAGAAUUUUUACUAUAGUUGGACACUAUUUUUACUGCACUUAUUUGAAGAAUUUGUAUAUAGUUCACUAAAAUUGCAUGUUAUGUAUGGAUUUUACAAUAAUACGUCACUAUAAAGUACCAAUAUUUUAUUGGAGCCAUGGUUUCUGUACAUGUACAUUAAAAUACC